GCAAGAAACCGGAAGUGCUGGAGCCGCCGCCGCCGCCGCCUUUAAGUGCCGCGUUCACCGCUUCGGUUACCGCCGGCGCCGUAGCCAAGGAGGCCGGUGCCCCCGGGUCGGGAGUGGAGGCCGCGCGGCAUGAAGCGGCGCAGGCCCGGUCUUUAGCGCGCGUCAGGACGGUCCGGGCGGGGCCGGGGGGGGAAGGAUUGGAUGGUGAGAAAAGGAAAGACUCCUGUGAGAAGAGAGCAGGAUGAGCAGAGGGAUCUAUGCUUGAAGUUGAGUCACUUCAAAAAGAUCUCUUUGAAUGUGGAAGAGAUCUGAACAGAUGAAAAUACAAUCAGGAAAAUGCAACAUGGCAGCAGCGAUGGAAACAGAACAGCUUGGUGUUGAGAUCUUUGAAACUGCAGAGUGUGAGGAGAAUAUUGAAUCACAGGAUCGGCCUAAAUUGGAGCCGUUUUAUGUUGAGCGAUAUUCCUGGAGUCAGCUUAAAAAGCUGCUUGCUGAUACCAGAAAAUAUCAUGGCUACAUGAUGGCUAAGGCACCACAUGAUUUUAUGUUUGUGAAGAGGAAUGAUCCAGAUGGGCCUCAUUCGGACAGGAUCUAUUACCUUGCUAUGUCUGGUGAGAACAGAGAAAAUACACUGUUUUAUUCUGAAAUUCCCAAAACCAUCAACAGAGCAGCAGUCUUAAUGCUCUCUUGGAAGCCUCUUUUGGAUCUUUUUCAGGCAACACUGGACUAUGGAAUGUAUUCUCGAGAAGAAGAACUAUUGAGAGAAAGAAAACGCAUCGGAACAGUUGGAAUUGCUUCUUAUGAUUAUCACCAAGGAAGUGGAACAUUUCUGUUUCAAGCUGGUAGUGGAAUUUAUCACGUAAAAGAUGGAGGGCCACAAGGAUUUACUCAACAACCCUUACGGCCCAAUUUAGUGGAGACUAGUUGUCCCAACAUUCGGAUGGAUCCAAAAUUAUGCCCAGCUGAUCCAGACUGGAUUGCUUUUAUACAUAGCAAUGAUAUAUGGAUAUCCAACAUUGUAACGAGAGAAGAAAGGAGGCUUACUUAUGUGCACAAUGAGCUAGCCAACAUGGAAGAGGAUCCCAGAUCAGCUGGAGUUGCUACCUUUGUUCUUCAAGAAGAAUUUGAUAGAUAUUCUGGUUAUUGGUGGUGUCCAGAAGCUGAAACAACUCCCAGUGGCAGUAAAAUUCUUAGAAUUCUGUAUGAAGAAAAUGAUGAAUCCGAAGUGGAAAUUAUUCAUGUUACGUCCCCUAUGUUGGAAACAAGGAGGGCAGAUUCAUUCCGUUAUCCUAAAACAGGCACAGCAAAUCCAAAAGUCACUUUUAAGAUGUCGGAAAUACUGAUUGAUGCUGAAGGAAGGCUUAUAGAUGUCAUAGAUAAGGAACUAAUUCAGCCUUUUGAGAUUCUGUUUGAAGGAGUUGAAUAUAUUGCCAGAGCUGGAUGGACUCCAGAGGGAAAAUAUGCGUGGGCUAUCCUACUAGAUCGCUCCCAAACUCGCCUACAGAUAGUGUUGAUCUCACCUGAAUUAUUUAUCCCAGUAGAAGAUGAUGCCAUGGAAAGACAGAGACUCAUCGAGUCAGUGCCUGACUCUGUGACGCCACUGAUUAUCUAUGAAGAAACAACAGACAUCUGGAUAAAUAUCCAUGACAUCUUUCAUGUUUUUCCCCAAAGUCAUGAAGAUGAAAUUGAAUUUAUUUUUGCCUCUGAAUGCAAAACAGGUUUUCGACAUUUAUAUAAAAUCACAUCCAUUUUAAAGGAGAGCAAAUACAAACGAUCCAGUGGUGGGCUGCCUGCCCCAAGUGAUUUCAAGUGCCCUGUCAAAGAGGAAAUAGCAAUUACCAGCGGUGAAUGGGAAGUUCUUGGCCGGCAUGGAUCUAAUAUCCAGGUUGAUGAAGUCAGAAAGCUGGUAUAUUUUGAAGGCACCAAAGACUCUCCUUUAGAACAUCACCUGUACGUGGUCAGUUAUGUAAAUCCUGGAGAGGUGACAAGGCUGACCGACCGCGGCUAUUCCCACUCUUGCUGCAUCAGCCGGCAUUGUGACUUCUUUAUAAGUAAGUAUAGUAACCAGAAGAAUCCACACUGUGUGUCCCUUUACAAGCUCUCAAGUCCUGAAGAUGACCCAACCUGCAAAACAAAGGAAUUUUGGGCCACCAUUUUGGAUUCAGCAGGUCCUCUUCCUGACUAUACCCCUCCAGAAAUUUUUUCUUUUGAAAGCACUACUGGAUUUACAUUGUAUGGGAUGCUAUACAAACCUCAUGAUCUACAACCUGGAAAGAAAUACCCGACUGUGCUGUUUAUAUAUGGUGGUCCUCAGGUACAGUUGGUGAAUAAUCGGUUUAAAGGAAUCAAGUAUUUCCGAUUGAAUACCCUAGCCUCUCUGGGUUACGUGGUUGUAGUGAUAGACAACAGGGGAUCCUGUCACCGAGGGCUUAAAUUUGAAGGCGCCUUUAAAUAUAAAAUGGGUCAGAUAGAAAUUGACGAUCAGGUGGAAGGACUCCAAUAUCUAGCCUCUCAAUAUGAUUUCAUUGACUUAGAUCGUGUGGGCAUCCAUGGCUGGUCCUAUGGAGGAUACCUCUCCCUGAUGGCAUUAAUGCAGAGGUCAGAUAUAUUCAGGGUUGCUAUUGCUGGGGCCCCAGUCACUCUGUGGAUCUUCUAUGAUACAGGCUACACGGAACGUUAUAUGGGUCACCCUGACCAGAACGAACAGGGCUAUUACCUAGGAUCUGUGGCCAUGCAAGCAGAAAAAUUCCCCUCUGAACCAAAUCGUUUACUACUCUUACAUGGGUUCUUGGAUGAGAAUGUCCAUUUUGCACACACCAGUAUAUUACUGAGUUUUUUAGUGAGGGCUGGAAAGCCAUAUGAUUUACAGAUCUAUCCUCAGGAGAGACACAGCAUAAGAGUUCCUGAAUCUGGAGAACAUUAUGAACUGCAUCUUUUGCACUACCUUCAAGAAAACCUUGGAUCACGUAUUGCUGCUCUGAAAGUGAUAUAACUUUGACCUGUGUAGAACUCUGGUAUACACUGGCUGUUUAACCAGAUGAGGAGGUUUAAUCAGUAGAGAAUUGAUCAUCACAUUUUGGUACCUGCCACAUAACAUCUACUUCUGAAAGUAUAUUUGGUGCCAUGCAGGUGUUUACAGCUUGUAGAUAGUAAUCUAAUACCUUAACCAUACACAAAAUUAAAUGAUGCAUAUUUCUAAGGGACCCAGCAAUAUACCAUGAGAAUUACUGAAAGAAAUAAGACAUUAGCACCAUGUAUCCAUACUACCUUAUUUUCAUUUUUAAUAGCAUUAUGAAACCUCAUGGACUUAAUUAGUGUAUUUUUACAGUAUACUUCUGAGUUUGUUAAAAUAUGAUAUUAGUGAUUGGUUUGGUUCAGUUCCAGAAUCUCUGACUAGUUACAGAUUUGAUAGCACUUAAAUGUAAUUGAAUAGCUUAUACUACAUUGCUUGGGAUGUAUCCAGCAUGUUAUGAACUAAUCACUAUUAAACCUAUGGCUUAACUGGUCAUUAAUGAUUUUUCAAGGAUAACUUAGUAGCCUCCUAAAGACACUUAAUUUUGUUUCAUUCAGACUCUGACCAGUUUUUAACCAAUUUAAACUGUAUCUAGUAUAAAUAGUUCUCUUUGAUGAUAUGACCGAGUGGGUUUUUCCUUUCACAUAAAGGCAAGUAACUGUAUAUGUAGCAUGGAUUUAAUUAGUCUUAUAAUAUUGAUAAUUACAGGCAGGAAAAUUUUAAUCAAAUGAUUAGAGCUUAAAUAUUUGCAGGCAAUUUCUUUCCCUUUAGGAAAAGAAAAAAGUACACAUUCACUUGUAUUUUUCAGAAAAUUUAGUGGUGCCAGUUUCCAUUGGGUAUUUCCUCAUUGAAAUGUUCCAGAGUUUUAGGGCAAUGGAGGGGAAUUUUGGUGGGGUGGGGGAGACCAGAGUGUGGAGAACGGCACGGAGAGGAGAAGGCAAGGGUCUGCUUAAGAUCUAAGCAGAAGUAUAAUUUGACCAAAAAUACUCAUGAAAAAGUUUAGGAAUUGAAAUUUAAACUCCUAGAAUAUUAGUUAAGGAAACCAGAUUAAGAAAUCACACUCUUGCCAACACAGGUACAGACUAACAUUAUUCAGGGGAGGAAAAGUUCCUUAGAGUUCUUUUACAAUUCUAAUUCUAAUUUUUUUAUUUUCUUCUUAAUUUUGGAAACCUUACAAAUUGAAACUUUCUUUAACCUUUUUAAAUUAUUUGAGUAUUAUUUAGAUAUUGUGAGCUUAAAGAGUUUCCAGACAACCUCUUUACCAUAAACUGAUCCCCAGCAAGGCAUGGCUCUCUUUUGCAAUGUUCAAAGCUUAUAAGUGAUUUCUUGAAUGACCAUGACAUUUUUCUGGUUUAGCCCUAGCAUUUGACUAUUAAGGGAGCUCGUAGUGCCGAUUGGGAUCUGCCAUCUUAGAAUCUUAGGGUGCUAGAUGGGUCACAUUGGAGCCGGUGGCAGAGAAGGCACCUAUGAGUUUGACAAGCCUCGGUGUUUGGAAAGUACUUCUAAACAACACUCCAAAAAAAAAA